AUGAAUGCAAGGAACGAUGUGGAGAACAGCGCGAGCGUGAGGAAGCCAUUCCUGGGAUCAGACAAUGCUCGAGAAAGCUCUCUCUUUGUUUUGGUCUGCGUCCUCAUCGUCGCGUUGGGUCCUUUCCAGUUUGGUGUCACGUGCGCGUAUUCUUCUCCGACUCAAGUGAAUAUAAUUAGAGAUCUUAAUCUCUCAAUUUCAAGGUUCUCCACAUUUGGAUCACUGUCGAACGUUGGUGCCAUGGUGGGAGCAACAGCUAGUGGUCAAAUAGCAGAUUACUAUGGGCGUAAAGGGUCCCUAAUGAUAGCAGCAAUCCCAAAUGUUAUAGGAUGGCUAGCCAUUUCUAUGGCCAGUGAAUCAUCGCUUCUAUUACUGGGAAGAUUAUUGGAAGGAUUUGGGGUGGGAAUAAUAUCUUAUGUGGUGCCUGUUUAUAUAGCAGAGGUAUCACCUCGAACCAUGAGAGGUAGCCUUGGAUCUGUGAACCAGCUUUCAAUUCAGAUAGGAAUAAUGAUAACUUACCUCCUGGGGCUUUUUGUCAAUUGGAGAGUGCUAGCAGCUCUUGGAGGUUUGCCUUGUGCUAUUUUGAUGCCUGGGUUAUUGUUCAUUCCAGAAUCUCCUAGAUGGUUGGCCGGAAUGGGGAUGAAAGAAAAGUUCGAGGCUUCUUUACAAGUUCUUCGAGGACCUCAAGCUGAUAUUACAAUGGAAGCCCGAGAAAUCGAGGAAUCCUUGUUGUCAACGGACAAAACAGAAACAGUCCAGUUAGCAGAUCUUAAGAGAAGGAGAUAUUGGUUUCCUUUAACGGUAGGGGUCGGAUUGCUCGUGCUUCAGCAAUUGACUGGUAUGACUGGAGUUUUCUUCUAUUCUAGCAAGAUCUUUGCAACUGCAGGGAUUACAUCCAGUGAUGCUGUUACGUUUGGAUUUGGAGUUGUCCAGGUGGUGAUGUCCGGGGUCACUGUUUGGCUGGUGGACAAAACUGGACGGAGGGUGCUUCUGAUAGCAUCAUCCUGUCUGAUGACACUUAGCCUCGUGGUUAUUUCUGCAGCAUUCUUUAUGGAGGGGGUCAUAUCAAACGAUUCUGACCUACAAAAAGUUUUGGGGGUACUCAGCGCUGGAGGGGUGGUGACUAUGGGCAUUGGAUAUUCUCUGGGCAUGGGACCACUUCCCUGGCUUCUGAUGUCUGAGAUACUUCCGCCAGAUAUUAAGGGCCUUGCAGGAAGCUUGGCCACAUUUUUAAACUGGUUCACUGCGUGGGGGAUCACCAUGACCACCAACUUGCUCCUGAGCUGGAGCAGUGCAGGGACAUUCGCCAUUUACGCAGUGUUCUCCUUCUUUGCGGUGGCUUUUGUCAAGCUCUGGGUUCCUGAGACCAAGGAAAAAACUCUGGAGGAAAUUCAGGCAGCGUUCAUCGGAUGAUUGUGAUAGGGUUCAUAAAUUUCAACGUGAUAUGUAUGCUUUGUUGACUUCUGCUGGGCAUUGAUUAAUUAGAGUGGAGGUUAGAUGGAUAAAAUAGGAAAAUAUUGACUCAUA